AUGGCUCUUGGAAAAAAGGCAUAUCCACGGGCGACCGUGAAGAAGAUUAUCAAGGCGCACUCCAACAUGAAUGUGAAGAAAAAUGCAGACGUCACAAUAUUCUUGAACUACGUCCUCUUCAUGGAAACACUUGUCAAAGAAGCUGCCAUCUACGCCAAGCAAUCCGGUGAGCGAGGCUUGACAGCCAGAAGUGUAAACAAAGUGACCCGAGACACGCUCGCUAAAUUCAAAGGUUGA